CAGCUUUUGGGCACGCACUGGUGUGAGAUGAGAUCACCCUUACCGAACGAAUUUGAUUAGAAUUUUUUUGUAAAUUUAAUAACGUCGAGCCUGCAUCAACAACUUCAGUCUUUGAUCUCGUUUGAUCACGAAACACUGACCACAUGUUGACAAGAUCGCACGGACCAGAGGCAGCUUUUGAGGGACUCUUGAUCUGGCUAAGUCGACAGAGUGAUCAUUUAAAGGGAAUCUCCUGUUCGACUCAUCUGAUACUGUUGACUUCACCAGAUCUCGGGACCUUCUAGUAAAGUGAAGGAUGAAUCACUUGUCUUUGAGUGAGCUAUGUGGCCUUUUCUGCUGUCCGCCGUGCCCGAGCAGAAUAGCUUCCAAGCUGGCCUUCCUUCCACCGGAGCCCACCUACACAAUGAUGUGUGAUGAGAGCGGCACCCGCUGGACCCUCCAUCUUUCUGAGCGUGCGGAUUGGCAGUACUCUGUCCGGGAGAAGGACGCCAUUGAGUGCUUCAUGACCCGGACAUCUAGAGGGAACCGAAUCGCUUGUAUGUUUGUGAGAUGCUCUCCCAACGCUCGCUACACCUUAUUGUUUUCCCAUGGUAAUGCUGUUGACUUGGGUCAGAUGAGCAGCUUCUACAUCGGCCUGGGCUCCCGCAUCAACUGUAACGUGUUCUCCUACGACUACUCUGGAUACGGGGCAAGCUCAGGGAAGCCUUCGGAGAAGAAUUUGUAUGCUGAUGUGGACGCUGCCUGGCAUGCACUACGAACAAGGUAUGGAAUCAGGCCAGAGAAUGUGAUCAUUUAUGGCCAGAGCAUCGGUACGGUCCCUUCAGUGGAUCUGGCCUCUCGGUAUGAGAGCGCUGCUGUCAUCCUUCACUCCCCUCUGACCUCAGGCAUGCGGGUGGCUUUUCCUGAUACCAAGAAGACGUACUGCUUCGAUGCAUUCCCCAACAUUGAUAAAAUCUCUAAAGUCACCUCUCCGGUGCUGGUGAUCCAUGGUACGGAGGAUGAGGUGAUUGAUUUCUCUCAUGGGCUGGCCCUGUAUGAACGUUGCCAGCGGCCGGUGGAGCCGCUGUGGGUGGAGGGUGCAGGACACAAUGACGUAGAGCUGUAUGGACAGUACCUGGAGCGCUUGAAACAGUUUGUGGCUCACGAACUUGUAAACUUUUAGAUGGACCUCAAGAUCAGGACUCCCCUUACUUGAUGAACAUACCCCUGGUGCCCAGCAGGCGACUGUGAACUUGACAGCGGUAUUUUUUUAUUAUUAUUCUAAUUAAGUUGCACUUCUCCAUGCUAUAGAGAAAAUAGGAAAUGUGUCUUUACUGCCUUUCUUAGGGGUGUGUUUGUGUAACUGUACUUCUACAGACUCGGAUGUUUUGGUGACCCCACCUCUGUAUCUUGAUGCUAUGUCCUAAAGAAUCAACCCAUUUCACUGAAGUCCAGUUUUUGUUUUGCUGUAUGCAUGUGAUCAUAUACACAAUGGGGUACUGUACAAAUGCAACAUUCUGGCACAAAUUAUUGCCAUACAGGUGAUGCCAAAUAAUAUAUUAAACUUUGAUAUAUUACUUUGUAUGUACAGGUUUCUAAAACAUGCCUGCUUAAGCACAAUGUGUGCAAUCUGUAUGAGAUCUUGGUAUGUUUAUUUUUAUUCAUGUCAAAUACUCUGUUUUUCUCUUAAGUGUAUUCUUUAAAACAAUGCUGGACAAUAUGACAGUUUUAACUUUCAAAUGAACCAAUAAAUAGACUUUUCAAAAUAAAGAAACACUAUACUUGUGGCUUACAAUAGCUCAAAGUAAACACACACCUGCUCAAAUAGAGUAAUGGUGAUAUUAGUAACAGUCCAUUUGUUAUCUGCUUGUUGCACAUUUUGAAUGGAAAUCCAUCAGACCUCUUGGCUAUACAUUACUGAACUUAACUCUUGUUUCUGUUUGGAGUCAUUGCUUUGCCAUUUUGUCAAAAAUAAUUUAUACCAUCUUGUGUAUCAUAUGAAAUGUACAUAACUUUUUUUGUUGUCUUGGGCCAUGAUAAGGCUGUUUCUUUGGACUGCUGGUUAAGUUAGGCAGCGACAUUUAGUUUCUCUUUUGAGAUCCACUGGACACAGUGAUAAGAGUUAAUGUGAUUGAAUGUCUGUAUAUGGAAAAUGAAUUAUGCUCUAACGUAGAUGAUACAGUAAUGCUUCUCAAAUGUACAGGUAAAAUAGAACUGUCCCCCUGUUCCACACUUUGUAAAUAACCUUUAUUUGAAUGUUUCUCAGUUUUUCUCUGUACUAUGAAACUGGUGAUAAUUUUGUUAUUACCAUUGUAAAUUGAUUUAUUAUUAUAUUAUGUAUGGCACAGAAUAGAUUUUAACUGGUCAGACUGAAGCACAAAAUGAUGUGCUUCAGUUUUUCCAGACAUAUUGUUUUUCUGUUUUUGUAAGCACCCAUUGUAAAAGAAAAUUGCUAUAAAGUAUGUAUUUAUGAUCUUUAAUAGUUCUAAUACAAAAUUGGAAAUAAAUGUAUUAUUAUAAUGCUGUUGUAAUUUAAAGCGACCUCUUGUGGUCAUAAAUCAGCAACAUUUUCUUUCAGAAUAAUGUUUUUAAUCAAAACACCACAAGUUUACAGUCCCAUUUGUUUAGGAAUCAUGGUGGUUUGUGUUAGGAUCACGGUAUAGUCUUUAAGUUUAAUUUAUAUGAUUGGAAUUUGAUAAUCUUGGAAAAUCUCAGUUUUUUUUUCUCAUCUUUCAGGGAGACAUGCAUUUGCAUGAAUUGCUGAUCCUUACCUUUCAUAUGUAUUCUCUUUUCAAGACCAUUUUAGCUGUGCAGAGGUCAGCGGCACCUCCUGGGUUCAGUGACCAUUAAAGCUUGGGGCUUUGAACAUGAAGUCUGGAACACGUGAUCCAUUUUUUUUAGGAUGAGGUAAUGUUUAAAGACAAGGCACUUAAAUGGAUUGAAAAGAUGAGAACCGAAAACAAGACAAGACAAUAAAGAUGUGUUUCCAUAUAGAUUUUUUUUAUAUAAAAUGUCACCAAAACAUUUAAGGUUAUUGAUCUUGUUAAAUGGUUACGG